UCGAUUCACAAACGAAAGUAGUCGCCUUGCCAGUGUUAGUCAAUAGUUGCACUGUUGCUCAAUUAGAAAUUGAAUUUGUAACGUCUACGUGGUUUAUCGGCCACGUUUAUCUCAGUAAGUCUAAUUCAUAGCCAUGUCUUUGGCAGAUGAAUUGUUGGCAGAUCUCGAGGAUGGUGGGGAAGAUGUUGGUGACAUGGAUGAAGCGGAGGAUGGUGUCCACGAUGUGGUGGACGAUGUGGAAAUGACGAUAGGUCAAGGUGCUUCUGUAAGAUGUGUUGCUAAGCUGAGAGACAGUGGGGAGCUGCACAAGAUUUUAGCAAACAUUGAAGAAUAUUCGUCAAGGCCAAAACGUGAUGCAGUUGCAGGACCAGUUGAGGCAGAUCCAGAAUACAAACUUAUAGUCGACGCAAAUAACAUGACUGUAGAAAUUGACAAUGAAAUAAAUGUGAUUCACCAGUUUGUCAAAGACAUUUAUUCAAAACGAUUUCCAGAAUUGGAGUCACUUGUUCCAAUGCCUCUGGAAUACAUUUGUACUGUCAAAGAACUAGGUAAUGAUAUUUUGGAGAGAUCAAAGAACAAUGAAGCUCUUCAAGAUAUCUUGACUUCUGCUACCAUUAUGGUUGUAAGUGUCACAGCGUCAACAACUCAAGGAACAGUGCUGUCUGAGAACGAUUUGGCUACUGUUAUGGAAGGCUGUGAAAUGGCUAUUGAUCUUAACAAAAGCAAAAUGAAUAUCUUCGAAUAUGUAGAAUCGCGGAUGGCAUUCAUAGCUCCAAAUCUUACGAUCAUUGUUGGUGCUUCAACAGCUGCAAAAAUUAUGGGUACAGCUGGUGGUCUUACCAACUUGUCAAAAAUGCCCGCUUGUAAUGUGCUUCUCCUUGGUAGUCAAAAGAAAACACUUUCUGGAUUCUCAAGCACCAAUAUUCUCCCACACACUGGUUUUAUCUAUCAUUGUGAAAUUGUUCAAAAAAUGCCUCCUGACAUGCGACGGAAAACAGCCAGAGCAGUAUCUGCAAAAGUGGCUCUUGCUGCUCGUGUGGAUAGUUUUCAUGAAAGUGUAGAUGGCACAGUCGGGGAUCGGUUGAGAGGUGAGCUGGAUCACAAAAUGGAUAAGAUGACUGAGCCACCUCCUGUGAAAUUUGCCAAACCACUGCCUGCACCAAUUGAGCAGUCCAAGAAGAAACGAGGGGGCAGAAGGGCGAGGAAAAUGAAGGAGCGACUCGGGUUGUCAGAACUUAGAAAACAAGCCAACAGAAUGAACUUUGGCCAAAUAGAAGAUGAUGCCUACCAGGAUGACUUAGGCUUCUCCAUGGGCACAAUGGGCAAGUCACGAUCUGGGAAGAUUAGAGGACCACCUGUGGACGCGAAGACCAAAGCAAGAAUCUCAAAGACUUUGCAGCAGAAACUUAACAAGCAGAAUCAAACGUGGGGUGGCAGUACUACUGUGAAGAAACAGGUUGACGGCACAGCUUCAAGUGUGGCUUUUACACCCCUGAAGAAUUUGGAAAUUUUCAACCCUCACGCUGCAGAGACUAAAGCACAGCAAAGCACUCAGCGGUACUUUUCUUCUACUGGCACUUUCCUGAAAGUGAGCAGAACGCCAAUGCCGCCACCGUCCCUUCCCGGACCGAGCGGAUCCAAGUAGUCAUUGAAUUGAUGGACAUUGUGCUGUUUUAUUAAUGAGGAUGUUGUUAUGGUGAUUUGUGCGAAUUGACUUAUGUCCUCAGUGUAAUUUGUUUCUAAUCACCCUUCCCUCAGUUUGUUUUAUGUUCUGUAAGAUAACCUCUAUUCAUAAAUGAUCUAUAAAAAUGAGCUGAAGUACAUUUAUGUCUUGUUGGUUUUUACUGUACAUCUACAAUGAAGAGUUGCAGGACAAAGCGUUAUAUUUCAUUAUUUGUAGCUGUAUCUCACUAUUGCUGGAAUCCAAUAGGAUAGCAACAGAAUGCCUGUUCGAGGAAAAUAAGAAAAGAAAGGUAGUGCUGGAUUUUUCGUAAAAGUACCAUCAUGUUUGAGCUGUUGUUUUUUUUUGUUUUUCUUUACUGCCUCAGUAGCAGCCACUUUGGUCUUAAAAGUAUAAUACUUUUUCUUUUACAAAUACCUCUGUGUAUACUGGUCAGGGCCCAAAGAUGAGACUGUCAUUGGUCAAAGUACAACCAAGUCCUGCCAUAUUUUAGGUCACUUCUACUUCUAGUUCUCAAUUGUUUAAUACUUAAUAGAAAGUUUUGUUGUUCCAGUGUAUGAUCUGAGUGAAUAAAGUGAAAAGAAAAAUGGGAA